AUGAACUCUUCGAAUACUACAACUGACUAUAGGUAUCAGCAUCAGCAGCAACCACCUUACUACAACAACAACCAGCAGGGAGGUUAUAUGCCCCAACAACAACAACAGCAGCAACAACAUAGACAUCCAGGUGGUGGACACGCCCCUCACAACAACCAAUCAUACAGAGGACCAAAGAAUCAGCAGCAGCAGCAGCAGCCACAUCAUAACCCAAAUCUGAAUCCACAGCAGCCGCCUCCACAACAGCCUCCACAACAGCAGCCACCACAACAGCAGCAGCCUCCACUACCACAACAACAGCAGCAGCCGCCACAACAACAACCUCUACAACAGCACAACAAGAACAAGCAGCCUCAUCAGCAACAGCAGCAGCAGCCACAGCAACAGCAUCAGCAGUCACCGAUCCAGCAGAGACCACCACAGCAACAACCAUAUGUCGAUCCACAAUCAGUGCAACAGCUGCCACCACAGCCACUGCAGCCGAUGGUUGCGAGGCCUUCACUUGCCAACCCAGCCCUCAUGGACUUCCCGCUGCGUACGCAUUCAGCUCCACCCGCGCUCAACGAUUUGAACAAAUGGAGUGCCGGUGGUGCCGUUCCGCCUCCACUGAAGCACGUCCAACAUUUCUUACCCAAUGUUGCCCACUAUCCUCAGUUUGGUGGAUAUCCAACACAGGCAUAUGGCCCCUAUGGUCCAUUUCCUCAACCUAUACCCAUCCCAGAUGUGGCCUACGGCGGCCAAUAUCAGUCCAGUUCACCAAUGACAAUAUCCAAGGAUAGGAAGUCACACGCUGUGGAGAUCGUCGAUCCAAGCACCAAUACGGCGGUCAACACUUCGUCGCCACCCAAGUCAACACCGCCUCGAUCAACACCACCUCAGGCAACACCGCCACAGUCGACUCAUCCAACACAACAGACAGCGUCGUCGACGCCUCCUGCACAGGCAAGUGCUACAGCAGUGGCCACCCCAUCCGUUGCCACGGCGUCGUCAGCGACUACCCCCGCCACCCCCACGACUUCGCCUGCAACCGCAACGGCUACAGCACCCGCCACUGCGACCUCACCAGCACCAGCCCCUGCCAAGUUUGGAUUCAGUAUGGGCAAUGCUCAUGCACGCAAGAAGGACAAGCCCAAGACUGAUCUUACACCACCUGCUGCCGGCUCGACUGAAGCCGACAAACCUCUCACGGCCGCAUCAUCAACCGAAUCGACGACAGUGUCCUCCUCAACCAGCAAGCCUUUGGACACAACAGUGGAGACCAAUACACCUAAGAUUGAGGAGUCCACAUCAACCCCAACCACACCGGCCGCGACCACCUCCUCCACUUCCGAGGACACUACUGCCAAUGAUCUGCCCGUCGAGGACAAGACCAAGACAGAGAGCCCUCAAACGACGAAUGCUGGAGUGACGGAGCCCGUCACCCCGGCUGCAGAGCAGGUCGAGCAGAAGAAGCAGGACAUCGAGAUGGAGGAUGGCGAGUUGACUACUCAAGACAAGACUGGUGACGACGACUCUGCUGCGGCAACGCCAGCAACGCCUGCAGCGGCGGAGGAGGAGGAGGAGUGGGAGAAGAACCAGCCGACCGAGGCGGCCGCAUCGUUCCCCCAGAGCUCCAAGACACCACUGUACAAUAGCGGUUCAGGAUUUGGCACGAGCCCAUCUGAUCUAAUUCGCUCGUCCAGCGGAACGCAGCCAUUCGCUUCAAAGAGCACUGGCAACGUCAUCCGUUACACCAAGGAGGAGCUGAUGAACCAAUCGUUCGGACAGUACAAGAACUAUCAGCAGCAGAUCCAGCAGCAGUUCAUCCCACAACAGCCCCCUCAGCCGGCGCUGCCUGUCAACGAGAACAGAUGGCAGAGGACAAAGGUGGAGGACCUCAGCGACACGGACCAAGAGCUGAGAAAGGCCAAGUUCAUUCUGAACAGAAUUACUGCAGAGAAGUUUGAGUCGCAGGCCCAAAGCCUGCUCGAGCUUGGCGUCACCAGGAACAUCGAUGUGUUCACCGGUGUCAUCACGAUCAUCUUUAGCAAGGCCAUCACAGAGACCAAGUACGUGACGAUGUACACCGAGCUGUGCAAGAAGAUGUUCACCUUUGAGCGUACAGAGAAGGAGAGCGAGAGGCAGGCACUGGUGGACGCGGGCACCCCCGCUGACCAGAUCAAGGAGGACGACUUCAGGCCCAAGCUGCGAACUCUGCUGCUCCAGACGUGCCAGACUGAGUACGAGAAGAUCACACAGCUGUUCCCAACGAUCCACGAGAUCCCAGACGACCUGACCGGUGCUGAGCGCACUGACUUUGAGGAGAAGCAGUUCAUCCAGCGCAAGAAGAUCUACGGUCUGAUCAACUUUAUCGCCGAGCUGUUCAAGCAGGACAUGCUGAGCGACAAGAUCAUCCACGCCAUCCUCGUCGCACUGAUGGGCGAGCUCAACAAACCCCAAGAGAUCAAGCUGGAGUGCUUCUGCAAGCUGCUUGCGCCAAUCGGCAGCAAGAUCGUCUCCAAGAAGGGCGCCGAUACCUUCAUGAUGGGCUACUACCAGCGCAUGGAGCAGCUCAUCUCGCCACAGUCCAACCUGUCGACACGUAUCAAGUUCUUGAUUCAAAACGUCCUGGACCUGAAGAACAACGGCUGGAAGAGCAAGGAGGUCGAGACGCCCAAGACCACGAGCAACGAGCGCACCGUCGAGGAUGAUCGCAAGACCAACAACUUUGUCAAGCAGGCACCCAACUCCAAGAACAACAUGUUCAACGCAGCAUCCUCCUUCACGCGUCCCACUGUCAAGCCCAUUAGCGGUAUGGGUGGCAUGGGUGGUAUGCCUGGAAUGGGUGGCAUGGGCAGCAUGGGUGGUAUGGGUGGCGGCAUCAAGAAGCCAGCAGGCAUCCUCCAGCCAACGAUGGGAUACGAUCAGAACAAAAAGUUCUCGCCACAACAGCAGCAGCAGCAACAGCACUAUCAUCCACAGCAGCAGCAACAGCAAGGCCGACCAAUGUCAUCGACAUCGACCUCACAGACAGGCUCUCACAAGCCCGCCGAGAAGAAGGUGUCAUGGGAGUCGGUCAGCUCAACCGUGGACGAGUCUCUCGAUGAGUACCUGGAGCUCAAGGACAUCACAGAGUUUGCCGAAAACAUCUCUCACGAUAUCACUUCAACCGAUCUCUAUCCCAACGUCAUCUCUGCCAUCGUCUCCAAGGCCAUCAACUCGAAGGAAAGUGGUCUCAACGCCCUCUCCAAUCUCAUCAUCGACCUCAUCACCAAGGAGCAUCUCUUCACCAAGGAUAUGCUCAACGAUGGAUUUGAUUUGUUUGCAGAGACACUCACAGAUGUCUUUGAAGACAGACCACUGGCCUACAAGCAGAUUGGAUACAUAUGCUACACUCUCUUCCAAUGUAAUUUACUCACGCUGCCACAUUUCACCAAGGUCCUCUCGGCCCAGGUCUCGUCAUGUGGGUCCUCCAUCGCCAAGAUAUUGAAAGAAUUCGUUUCACAGUUUGAAGUCGAGGAUAAGGCCGUCCAGUCCUUCAAAGAGAACAGCAUAGACAUCACAGCCUUUUACAGCAAAGGUACGAGCAGGGAUACAAUCAUUGAGUCAUUUGGCGACGACUGUCAGACGUUUGUGGAUAAGUACAUCAAGGCUUGA